AGUUGCAUUUUUGUGUGCAGUGGAAACGGUCGUUCAAAAGCCAUGCUUCCCGGCCUGCUCGUACUGGCGGUGAUCUUGUGCACCGUAACACUGUCCUGGUACUGGAAGCAAAGGUUACGGUGGGCCGAUCGACUCCCGCGUGCCCGUCCCGCGCAUCGGUGGUUAGGCAAUUUGGGCGAUUUUCUCGGGAAAAGCCCGGGUGAAGUGUUUCUGGUGCUGGAUCAGUACUUUCGGCAGCAUGAUCGUUUGUUUACGCUACGCUUUGGAUCAAAGAUUGCGAUCGGGAUUACCCAUCCGGAGCUGGUGCAGACCGUGCUAACGCAUCCCGACUGCCAGGCGAAACCAGAUCUAUACAAAGUGGUACGGUUGCCGAAUGGACUGUUAGCGGCCAAAUAUGAUGUGUGGAAAGCUCAUCGGAAAACGCUCAACUCAACGUUCAACGCCCGCAUACUGGAAAGCUUCGUACCAAUCUUCAACGAUUGCACGCAGCGCCUGGUAGGACGAUUGGAUCGCUAUGCCCAGACAGGUGAUCGGUGCAACAUUCUGGAGUACAUCUCGGCCUGUACGCUCGAGAUGAUCAGCCGUACCUCGCUCGGCGGGAAAGUUCUCGAGCGGGACGGUGCUGCCCAAUUCAUAGCAAAUUUAGAGGUCGCACUCAAGACGAUUGGGGUGCGGAUUUUCAACUUUUUCCUGCAUAUUGAUUUCAUCUAUCAGUUUACCGAGCUGUAUCGGAAUGAAAUGCGAGCAAUCAAUAUUUGCCAGCAGUUUACGCGCAAGAUAAUCCAGGAUAAAAGGGAAGAGAUUGCGCACCUUUUCGACGGAACAAACAACCAACCGGAACAGGACCGGGAAUCCCACCACCGAAAGCCCCAGAUUUUUAUCGACCAGUUGAUGAAGAUGCCACUUACCGAUCCGUCUGCACGCCAUUUUUCCGAUGAGGAAAUUUCGGACCACAUCUACACGAUGAUCGUAGCGGGUAAUGAGACGUCCGCAACACAAUUAGCACAUGCCUGUUUGCUGCUUGCGAUGCAUCCCGAAGUGCAGGCCAAAGCGUACGAAGAGGUUAGUGGGUUGGUCUUCUCACCCGAUCAGAAGAUCACGAUCGAGCUGAUGAAAGACCUACACUACGUGGAGUGUGUGCUGAAGGAAGCGAUGCGUCUGAUGCCGGUUGCACCGAUCAUUGGACGGCAAAAUUUGGCCGAGAUUGUGCUGGAUGGACACCGCAUACCGAAGGGCAGUAUGUUUCUGUUCCAUUUCUAUGCACUACACCGGCGCAAGGAUGUGUGGGGACCGACGGCUGGUGAGUUCGAUCCAGAACGUUUCCUCGGUGGUGAUGGCAUUGAUCGACAUCCGUACGCACAUUUGCCAUUUAGCGGUGGUGCUCGAGGUUGUAUCGGGUAUCGGUACGCGAUGAUGAGUUUGAAGACGCUGCUGGCACAGAUUUUACGAAGUUAUGAGUUAACGACGAAUUUGCGCUAUGAGGACAUACGGUACCAGUAUCAAAUUUCGUUGAAUUUGGCCUUUCCACACGAGGUGCAGCUACGGCGGCGGAAUUAG